AUGAACCUGGCACUGGACACAGUGCUGACCCUUCCAGAGCUUUGUUGGGAGCGAACUCCGGUCUGGACCUUGGCUUUGAUGUUGAAUCAUGUCAUGCCGGUGCAUCUUCACUCUAUGAACCUUCUAGUGAUUUCCUGGAACGAAGCAAUGACAGUGCAGUGGAUGUUGGUUACACAAGGCGCCCGUUUGUCCAUGCCUUUGGAUUGGGGUGACUCAACUGUGCCUGUCGUGGAUUCAACUGGAUCUGGCAUUGAACAACCGGCCAUCCCCUCAGUGAGCUGUCAGCAGAGUUUUCAAUUCAUCAGACAUACAACUGAUGCCACGUACAUUCAACAGCGUGACAAGACGUUGCAGUGCGCGUUGCAGAAGUGGCGUUUCCUCGUCAUGUUGGAUCCCCAGGCAUCAGAUGUAGGUAGACAGCUAGUUGGAAAAGAUGAACAAGAGACUGAACUGGUGUUGACGUCGGUAAUGGGCGUCAAAAGCCCAAACACUGUUCUGAAGAGAGCCAACGCACUGCUUUUAUAUUACAGAUGGAACAGUGUCAAUGGAUAUUUCCCCAUGGUGCCGUUCAAUGAAGAAGACAUUUGGAGGUAUGUGCAGGAACAGACAGGUAGAUCCAGCUCUGCAUCGCGAUCCCAAUCACUGAUUCAGGGCCUCAGGUUUGCACAUUUUGUCAUGGGCUUUCAUGGUACACUGUCCUGUGCCAACUCCAGGAGGAUUUCUGGGCAGGCUCAGAUACAACUGUCUCUGAAGGCACCGGUGAGACAGGCCCGGCCACUGACAGUAGCAGAAGUUCGGACACUGCACUCAAUUGCAGAUGGGUGGAGCCACUCAAAGGUUGAUAAGUGCAUUGCAUCGACAUUAUUGCUCAUGCUCUAUGGACGAUGCCGAGUUUCAGAUGUGAACUACAUCCAUGAGAUCCUUCACGAUGUCAGUGGUUCCACUGGUUUCUUGGAGGUGACUACGAGGUAUCACAAGUCGGCACGCACUGCACAACAGAAAGCAUUGUUGAUGCCGAUUCUGGUUGGUAGCGUUGGUGUCACAGCUUUCCCAUGGAUACAGGCGUGGAUCAGCAAUCGCAAAGCAUGUGGCUUGCCAACAUCAAGGGUUGUCGACGGAGCCCUGAUGCCUGCACCUUUGAUGGGCGACUCAGUCCAAUGGCUGAAACGGCCAUUGGCUCCUGGGGAGAUUUCAGGAAUCUUGAAGAAUUUUCUGAAGAGCUCUGACGAGAACCUCACAAGCCAUAGCCUUAAGGCGACGGCCCUCAGUUGGGCCGCAAAAGCUGAAGUACCCCGGGAGCAAAGAAGAGUAUUGGGAAGGCAUGCAGCAGCAGUCCAAGGGUCAGACACUUUUUACAGUCGGGACCUUUGUGUGGGGCCGGUGAACUCCUUGCAGAAGGUGGUGGCUAUGAUACGUGAUCAGAUUUUCAACCCAGAUGCGAGUCGAUCAAAUUACUUUGCGGGCUCAACAAAUAUGUCAACAGGUACACCGGCCCAUGCAGUGAUGCAGCCUUUUACUCCGGCAUACUUGAACAGGUCACAGCCGGCUACACCAUGCGCUGCACCGGCAACGCCAGCUGCACGUAGAUCAGGUGAGCAACGGACAGACGUACUGCAUGCCGACGCCUCAGUUGAAGUCAAGGAAGAGCCAUUUUGGGUCUUGCCGACGAGCGAUGCUGAGAGACGUGUCAUUGAAAUUUCAUCAGACUCAAGUGGUGAGAGUUCUGAAAGUGUGACAUGCUGUGAUACGUCUAGUGUUGCAGACACAGUUGACCUGGAGGAAGAGGACUGUCAGGAACCGCACGUUGAGGCCAGUGACAGGAUGCCAACGGUGCAGACCUUAGUAAUGAACACCAAGACGAAGAUUAUUCAUGAGUGUCGCAACAGUGGUGACAUGCAAAUAUGUGAGCAGAGCUACUUUGAAGAGCUUAUGCUGGGUUCCCUGACGUCAUGUGGACGUGAGCUUACAAAGACCUACAAGCUGGUGCUGGGGCCCUACGACUGGACUGCAAAAUGCAGAAUUUGUUUCAAAGGCAGACGUGCGCCUUAG